AUGGACAACAUUGACACCACAGCUCUUCCAGGCACACGCCCUAGCCCUGAGGAUGAUGACAGGAAGGUCCGAAGGAGAGAAAAAAACCGAGUUGCUGCUCAGAGAAGUCGGAAGAAGCAGACCCAGAAGGCUGACAAGCUCCAUGAGGAAUAUGAGUGCCUGGAGCAAGAAAACACCAUGCUGCGGAGAGAGAUCGGAAAGCUGACAGAGGAGCUGAAGCACCUGACAGAGGCACUGAAGGAGCACGAGAAGAUGUGUCCGCUGCUGCUCUGCCCCCUGAACUUUGUGCCAGUGCCUCCCCGGCCAGACCCCGUGGCCGGCUGCUUGCCCCGAUGAAGCUGAGGACACUCCUCUGCCCAACAAGGAGGCUUGGUCAUUUUCAUACCAGGGAGGAAGGGUUUCCCUUCACAAUUGUAUACAGGGGGCACCUGUGGCCAGGCCUCCUCCUGGGAGCUCCAGGACCAGCCAGCUGUGUCCCCUGCAGACUGGGCUCAGCACGGCAUUCAACAGGCGCAAGACUCACAGAGCCCUUGUGCAGAUCCAGCAUGAAGGCCACCCUCAGGAAUGACUUCUCAUCCACCCUGGCAGCUAUUAGGUUCUGCUGUUAUGCAGAGCCAUUUCCUCUAGAAUUUGGAUAAUAAAGAUGCUUAUUGUCUCUCCCUUCUCCAGUUCUUGGAAUUUAGAGGCACAAUACACUUCUUUUUCCUGGA